GGCAGGACUGGCUGUGUGGAGAGCUGGUGCAGAAAGUACUCAAGAGAACGAAUAAAACAAUGGAGGCGGAGGUUAGACGUCGCUCAUUGAGACGCAGUCAAAACAAACAAAACAUUGAAGUGGCAGAAGUCCAUUCCCCACCAGCCCAACACAGCGAAAAAAGGCUUCCUAAUAAGGGGUCCCAGCAGAGCAGUUCAAUGCUAAACCAGCACAAUAACGAUAACAAAGAUGAAUGGCAAUGUCCUGAGUGUUCACAGAAAGAAGCUGCAGAAAGAAAACUGCUAGAGAUGGAGAAAAACAAACCAGCCGAAGUUAACACUAAAGAUGGAGGGCAGAUGCCCGAGACUGAGAACCAGAAUUCCCCAGCAGCAUCGCCUGGCUACAAUAUGGAUUAUCGGAUGAGCAGUCCAAAUACAAAACCCCAGUCUACAGGAGUCACAUCGGAAAGCUCAGAUGGUCUUCAUAGAGCUUUCGUCUUGAAAGUGGACUGCUUUACAGCACUUCUCUUGGCCAUAACAAUUGGUAUGAUCUCUGGAUUGAUUUACUGGGACGUGCUUCAAGGAUGGCAGCAGAAGAAUCUCUGGUUUUGGCUUAAACUUCUUCCAGCAACUAUUAUUCUGCUGUUUAUAAUUGACUGGUGUGAGAACAACUGCAAAAAAUUCCCACUGAACUUAAUGUUACCAUUGAUGAUUACAAUUAUUGAAGGCCUGGUGCUUGGAGUGGUUUCAUCCUUCUUUGCUGCCAUGACAGUAAUGCAGGUUGGAGGAAUAACAGCAUUUGUGACUUUGAUGCUGUGUUGGGUUGCUCUGAAGUCAAAAAUGAAUGUCACUCAUGAAGCUGUGCCUUUCUGGACUGUGGUCUCAGUGCUGAUCAUCUUUGGACUUCUCUCUAGCUUUAAGAAAUCACCUAUACUACAACUAAGUUAUGCUUUGGCUGGAAUGCUGACCUUUGCAAUUCAUUUGAUGCUGACACAAGUUAGGAUCAGAAGAGACCCCACAAAGGAUCAAGAACCCAUUGAUUAUGCCCAUCCAGCACUGAAUCUCUACAUAGACAUUGUAAAUCUUUUCUUCUUUACGCUGCAGCUAAUGGAGCAUGUCAACUGUUUGGACUGGGGUAGCCAGCCUCAAGGGCAGGGGCAGCAAUGAGUUAUUUUGGGGUAAGGGGCUGGUAAUCCUCCCAUAUAGUGAGAGGAGUACACUGCAUGGUUAGACUGAACUGUUUUUAUCCACAUAGGGCCUCUGCUUCUUGAUCCCUGCGGAAAGGGGCUAGGUUAAUGUUGUGGGGACACCCUUCCCUCCUGGGGGAGUGUGAAACACACUAGUACAGUGGUUUUCAAACUUUUUUUUUGCAGCCCACUUGAAAAUUGCUGAGGGUCUCAGCAGACCACUUAA